ACAAGAACGCACAUAUAAAAAAUCUCUUUGUACACCUCUGAAAACUAAACCACCACAUCGGAGACUUCACAAUCCCAACGAAACGCUUCGAAUCUUUUUUGCGAUUUCACUUCCUCUGCUACAAAAACCCUUUUCUCGGUUUUCUCAGAUAGAAGCUUGUCUUUGUGGUCGAUAAGUGGCAGCAAAUAUGGAUGACUGGGAGGAUGAGAAAAUUGCACCACUUCCAGCAAAAGUUGAACUUAAAAGUAACUGGGAUGAUGAAGAUGUGGAUGAAAAUGAGAUCAAGGAUUCAUGGGAGGAUGAUGAUGAACCUGCUCUGCCGCCUGUUGUAAAGCCUGCUCCAGAGAAGGCUCCUAAGAAAACUGUUGGAAAGAAGGGUAAAGCAGUUGAAGUCCCAAAAGAAUCACCAAAGGAAGAAUCUCUAGAUCCUAUAGCUGAGAAACUUCGCCAGCAGAGGCUUGUUGAGGAAGCUGACUAUAGGUCAACUGCUGAACUCUUUGGAGUGAAGGAUGAAGGAAAAAGCCUUGAUAUGUUUAUCCCCAAGUCUGAAAGCGAUUUUUUGGAAUAUGCUGAAAUGAUUUCUCAUAGGAUUAAACCAUAUGAGAAAAGUUAUCACUAUAUUGCGCUACUCAAAGCAAUCAUGAGACUUUCACUGACCAACAUGAAAGCAGCAGAUGUUAAAGAUGUUGCAUCGUCCAUUACAGCGAUAACAAAUGAAAAACUAAAGGCGGAGAAAGAAGUUGCUGCAGGCAAAAAGAAGACGGGUGGGAAGAAGAAACAAUUGAUUAUAGAUAAGCCCAAUGACGAUCUAGUGGCUGGUCCUUAUGAUGCCAUGGACGACUUUGACUUCAUGUAGAUUAAAGAGAAUUUUUGAGCUAGUGCAAUUGGAUUGGCAUCUAUUUCAUCAUUUAUUAUUUACUCAGAAGAGCAAGAAGAAGAAGCAAAGUUUCUUAAUUUUGGUUUUUCAUUUAUCAGCAAAGAAGAAGCCAAAUUUUCUUAUUGUGGAUACAUAUAGUUGGAACAAGCAAAACUUUUGUUUGGUUUUGGUUUAGAGUCAAUGUUUUUGGUUCUUUUUUGUUGGUUGAAAAGCUAUGCUUAAAAUGUCCUUAUAAAUUUAUGAUUGACAUUGAAUUGAUGUGAUGAAUCUCUUUGAGGAUUCAACUUCUUAUAUCCAUGGAUGCUUCACAUGUA